GCGAGCCUGGCGGAUCACACACAUUCACACACUCAGGAGCAGAGGCAGAGAGAGGAACACACAGAGCGAGUCACAGAUUGUGGGGAUCCUUCAGUGGCUUUUUUUUCACUUGCAUGAACACAAUCGCAGACCCCCCCAGGAUCUAAAGAUGUGGACAGAAGUCGGGAAGCUUGUGCUAUUACAUUUGUUACUCAUGGAGCUCCAUUGCGCAAAAGGAACUGAUAAGGAGUCGGAGUGUGAAACUGGGCAGUUUCAGUGCAAGAACGGACGGUGCAUCCCGACCCUGUGGAGAUGUGACGAUGAUGAUGAUUGCUCAGACAGCAGCGACGAGGAGAACUGUCCAAAGAAGACAUGCGCUACCACAGACUUUGCCUGUAAGAAUGGACAGUGCGUCCCCGCUAGGUGGCGCUGUGAUGGAGAACCGGAGUGUGCAGACGGUUCAGACGAGGCUGAUGCAAUCUGCAGCCGACAGACCUGUCCACCAGAGAAGUUUGAUUGCGGAGGGGCUGCCAGCAAAUGCGUUUCGUUGUCAUGGCGAUGCGACGGAGAGAGGGACUGUGAGAACGGGGCAGAUGAGGAGCAGUGCGCUGCAGAUGCCAAGGCCUGCCCCUCUAAAGAUUUCCAGUGCCACAAUGGGAAGUGCGUGGCCCCAAUCUUUGUGUGUGAUGGAGACGACGACUGCGGGGAUGCCAGCGAUGAAGAGAAGUGCACGGCUCCCACCUGCGGCCAGCACGAGUUCCGCUGCAAUGACUCCGAGUGCAUCCCCGCUCUGUGGAGCUGCGACGGCGACCCGGACUGCAAGGACAAGUCGGACGAGUCCAUGGAGCGCUGCAGCCGGAGGACAGAGCCCCAGAAACCUCGCUGCCCGGUGGGCGAGUUCCAGUGUGGGAGCGGCGAGUGCGUCCACAUGAACUGGAAGUGCGAUGGAGACGCAGACUGCAAGGAUAAAUCGGAUGAAGCAAACUGUCCCCUGCUUACGUGUCGACCUGAUGAGUUCCAGUGUGGUGAUGGAUCCUGUAUCCACGGCACCAAACAGUGUAAUAAAGUUCAUGACUGUCCGGACUACAGUGAUGAAGCUGGCUGUGUCAACGUCACAAAGUGCGACGGGCCAAGAAAGUUCCGCUGUAAGAACGGGGAGUGUAUUGACAGCAGCAAGGUGUGUGACAAUGUGAAAGACUGCAAGGAUUGGUCUGAUGAACCCAUGAAGGAGUGCGGCCUGAAUGAGUGUGCAGACAGCAAUGGCGGCUGCUCCCACAUCUGCAGGGACCGCAGAAUUGGUUAUGAGUGUGACUGUCCGUCUGGGUACAAACUCCUGGACAAAAAGACUUGUGGAGACAUAGACGAAUGUGAGAACCCAGAUGCCUGCAGUCAGAUCUGCAUCAACUACAAAGGAGAUUAUAAGUGCGAAUGCUACGAAGGCUACGAGAUGGACCCUGCCUCCAAGACCUGCAAGGCCGUGGGAAAGAGUCCAUACCUGAUGUUCACCAACCGUCACGAGAUCCGUCGCAUUGACCUGCUGAAGAGUGAAUACACACAGGUGGUGCCCACGCUGAAGAACGCAGUGGCCCUGGACGUAGACGUUGCCACCAACAAGAUGUUCUGGUGUGAUCUAUAUCAUCGUAAAAUAUACAGUGCUUACAUCAACAAGGCCAGUGACUCAUCCCAGCAGGUGACUCUCAUCGAUUCGCUCCAUUCCCCCGAGGGUCUGGCUGUCGACUGGGUGCACAAGAACAUCUACUGGACCGACUCUGGCAACAAGAGCGUCUCUGUCGCCACGGGAGACGGCAGGAAGAGAAAAGUCCUGAUAGCCACCGAGCUUAGCGAGCCGCGGGCUAUCGCAGUCGAUCCACACCAAGGGUUUAUGUACUGGUCAGACUGGGGAGGUCAGGCCAAAAUUGAGAAGGCUGGGAUGAACGGGGUGGACCGACAAGUUCUGGUGUCUGAACACAUCGAAUGGCCCAACGGAAUCACUUUGGACUUGUCUAACAGACGUCUCUACUGGGUGGACUCCAAGCUGCACCUGCUGUCCAGUGUGGAUCUGAAUGGGGAUAACCGCAAAGUGCUGCUGUCCUCCCAUCACCACCUGGGACACCCCUUCGCCCUAACUGUGUUUGAGGAUCGCAUUUAUUGGACAGACUUAGAGGACGAAGCGAUAUAUAGUGCCAACCGGCUGACGGGACAUGAUGUGGCAAAAGUGGCAGAGCAUCUCAACAACCCCCUUGAUCUAGUGGUAUUUCACGAACAGAGGCAGCCCAAAGCCCCAGAUACCUGUAACAUGGGCAGCCUGCCAAACGGUGGCUGUGAGUACCUCUGUCUGAAGGCCCCCCAGAUCACAGACCACUCUCCCAAGUAUACCUGUGCCUGUCCUGACGGCAUGGAGCUGGGACCAGACAUGAGGCGCUGUGCUGUAGUCCGACCCAGAACAACCACAACAGCUGCUCCAACCACCACCACCACCACAACUCCAACUACAACCACUACAACAAGCGCUACAACCACUAGCACAACUGUACCUACCACCACGACUCCCCCUACUACCACCACCACCACCACCACCACCACCUCUGCUGCUACAACACUCAGGUCCAUGACCAGACGCCUGACGACACCUGCCCCUCCUCAGACUCCCAGGAGAACCUCUACGGAGCGGCCUCGGACCCCCGCUGCCACGAGUACAGAGACGACCAGUUUCAGCAGCACAAGUCAGACGUCCACAUCCACACACACGCCCCUGUUGGGCCCCGUGGCCCCCAACAGCAUACAGAGAGAGAGCAACGCCAAUCUCUCCCACAGAGCUGCAAGUGAUCACUACCUUAUAGGUAACAACAUCACAGUAGCUGUUCUGGGGAUAGUCAUUCCUAUCGUCCCUAUCCUUGCCACAGUGGUCAUCGGAUUGCUCUGCACCGGCGGAUACCUGGUUUGGCGCAACUGGCGGCGCAAGAACACCAAGAGCAUGAACUUCGACAACCCUGUUUACCGCAAAACCACGGAGGACGACGACGACGAAAUCCACAUCGGGCGACACAGCGAGUCCAUCGGUCACGUGUACCCAGCAGUGAGUGGCAGCCACAGUCAGCCCUUCAUAGCGCUUCCUCUAGGGGGCGGCGUCACAGACAGCAACUCUCACUGGUACUCAGGGGCACCGAUGCUUUCCAGCAGCAAAUGAGAGAAGCUGCAGAGGAAAAGAAGGAGUUUGGAAUAUUUGGGAUAUGGGAGGAUGGGCAGGGGUUUGGAAAAAGCCCGUUUGUUGUACAUGUAGGCCUGGAGGAAAGAAAGAACAGGCUUGCACACACACAUGCCCAAACUCUCACACAUCAUUUUUGCAGUAAUCACUGAAAACACCAAUCAUACACACACAUGCGCCCAUCCCAAGUACAUCACAUUUAUGUCACCUUCAUGACCAUAAUCAUACAGUACACAUGUUUAUCACCAUCACAUUCUUGUCGCCAACCUGUCAUCCCUUGUACGUUGUGUUCGUUUUUCUAGUGAUUGACGUGUUUGUUCCGUUACUGGGCGAGACGUGUUUCUCACGAGGCGCCCGUUUUCUUAUCAGUCUCCUUACACAGACGCAUAUCAUCUUUGUUUACAGAAGCAGCAGAUGCAAAAGUUUAAAUUUUCUCAACAUGGACACGACAGAAAAUGUGCCAUCAGGUAGCAUCCUUGUCAGAGAGGAACUUUGUUGAUGUUGUCUUUGUUAACUUUGCUGCUACAAAUAAUAAAGGGUUAUCCAGACAUUAGAGGGGCACUGAGGCUUAAAUAAUUACUGCUGUCUCGAGGCAGUGCAGAUGAUAUGAAAGAGAGAUGCAUGAUGGGGGGCAUCUGCAGUGGCUUCGAUUUCUUGGUAGAACAAAAAUGAUUUUAGUGUUGAGAUGCCUUUGAGGAGAAAGAAGACUCGCUUUAUGGUCAGACAUUUGACUGAAAAGACGGCAGAGCACAGGACCAGACCGGUCUACAAAUAAAUUGGAUUUUUAGAGUGGAUAGCAACAUCAUGGCAUUGCUCUUAUGUCAAUUUUAUUUUUGUGUUAGGGUGUAAAUAAGACGAGAAGGAUAAAAAGGGGAGUACAAAUCAGAAACAAGGACAGUCCAAAAGAAUUGACCUCUUAUUUGUCUGGAGUGCAGUUGCAGAAACCAUGAUUCUCCACAUUUCACAAGUUGCAGACUACCCUGUUGAUUUCCCGUUGAUGCAGGUGCAUUUUUUGCGAAUCACUUAUGGAAACUCCUGAAACAAUGCCAGCUGUGAUUUGCUCAAACUGCACUUAAACAUACAAGACACUUCUGACAUUUAUUGAAUAUAUUUGUCAUUUUAGCUAUCGGAAAGCGAGCAGGGAAGGGCGGCCAAAAAGGAUUACAGGGGGGUGGGAGUCUAGCGCUUUGAUCGGUUGGCAUGGUAACACAGAUUUCUUUGUGUUGCUCCAGAGAGAAAGGAGGCAAAGAAUUCUGGGUAUCAUUGGCACGAUGACAGGCUGGAGAUACACACUCUCUCACACACGCACACACACACACACACACACAGUCAGGAAACAGGUGCACGACAGAGUCAUAUUAAGAUUCAAGGUCGAAUUAACAACCACCCUCAGUGAAGGGCUGCAGAGAGGGAACUAUACUCUCCCAGUUUUGUUAUUUACAUCUGCACAAAUCUCUUUUAUUGUCUUUUAAAUUUUUUUACUUGUUUUCUUCCUCUCCUGUCCUCUUUUUUUUUCCCCCUCCUCUCUUUUCCUUUCCUUUUGUGGCAGUGUGGCAACUCAGACAGCCAGAGAAAUCAGGUUGGCAUUAUGUGGGCCAGACAUUUUCAGCCGUAGGCAAGCAUCCUGCAUUCCUCGCAUAGGAGCAGCCAGAGAAGGAGGGAAUGAACAAGGGGGGGGAUUGGAAAGGAGAGAAGGGGAAGGUCGGGGAGAGGAGAGGAGAGAGAAGUGAGGAAGGAGCAGGAGAAUGGAUGCUAUACGAAGCUGCCAUUUCUUUCCUGGGUGCCAUCUAGACUUGGAUCUCUCUUUGAUUUCUUUCCUCAUUCUCGGUCCAUCACGCCGCUCUGUUUUCUUUAUGUGCAUCUCACUUCUCUUUCUCUCCCCUACACCAUCCUACUUGUGGUAACAGUCUUUUUAUCUGCUGUUUGCAGCGCGUGGCACUCAGUCUGGAGGAUGAUGGCUAUCCCUGAGGGGGGGGUGAUGCAGCCUGCACCCCCCACUCCCCAAUCCCAUCCUGGCCCCUCCUCUCACCACAGCCUCUACACCACUACAAUGAGGCCAGUACAACGCAGAGGAGAAAGAGAAGGAGUCCUCAUUUUGCCUCCCCUUUUUGAGGAGCAGGGAUGACAUGUACAUCUUGUAAAUCCCCCCUACCUCCCUCUCCUACUUUCUCCACUGGAGUAACAUUACUACCACUACUAGCCACUACUACUUCCCUUAGUGCUAGUUCAUUAGCAGCCUCUGCUCCACUCCUCUCCUCUCUCUGCCUCUUGUUAGCUGUAGUGGUGUGUAAAAAUGCUGCUUGAUGAUUUUGUUCAAACUAACCUCAUUUGGCUGUCUCAGUGCACAUUGUAAAUAGAAGCCACCGUACAGAGGGGAAAAAGCCAGCAUGCAUUGUUUUUAAUUCCUCAUUUUAUUUAUUUGUAUGUUUCUUUGCUGUUGUAAAUAUGUGAUCAGCAUCUCUCAGCGCACAGUGCUACAGUCAGACCGCUUCAAGUUGGCAAGGACGUACAGUAGCAGGCAAGGACGUGAUUUUUCUUCAUAGCUCCCUUUGCAUCUUGAGUUGACAUAACAGAUUUUAAAAGAGGGGAAUGUCAUCCUUUUUCACACCCUUCGCCCCUUGACAUAUUGUAUGUAGGCAGGCAAAGCUAAAUAUAGCCAAGGGGAAAGGAGACAGAAAAAAUGAUGGGGUUGUGUGCAUGUUUGGAGGUGAUUUCGGGGUGAAAGAGUUAGGGAGGGGGCUUUUUUUUUUUUUUUUUUUGAGGGGAAUGGGAGGAUUUGUGCCACCAGAGGGUAGUGCCUCAGGGCAGAAAGCAGCAGGGCAGAAAAGGCAAAGGAUUAUGGGUAAUCCUCUCUCCUGGUAUUAGAGGUAUGCGUACAGUCGAUAAUGAACUUGGGAUUGUUUGUUCAUUCGCUGUGGGUGUUAGGACUCACACCUGUUUCUGACUUUUUGUUUGUGUUUGUGUCUGCUGUCAUUGAUAUUUUAGAGGUAAACCUUAAUUUCUAGACAGCAGACUGUCACAAAACACCUUCCUGUGACUGUUUUGACAUGUGAAAAUGGUGCUUUGAGUUUCUGAGUUCUAAGACUCUCAACCCAAACACAAAAAUCUUCUCAUCAUUCGGGUAGUAAUUCAAAAAAGACAGGACAUUUUGUAUGUUCUCUGAAUCUAAAUACAUUUAAUUGCAUAGUUGCAUGUGCUGUAUUGAAAUCAUGAGGAAAUGGUGUCCUAGGAAUUGAAGCAUUAGAAAGCAAGGUCUUCUAGGGUAUGAGAGAGGCUUUGAUUAUGACAGUAUGAAAAUGAAGAUCCAUUUGCAACUUCAUGUAAGGCUUGUGAAGUAGAACAAAUAAUAUAAUAGGGAAGAAAACGUCAAUAUGUUGCAGCUUCUGUAAACAUAUCCUGACACGGAGUAAGGCUAGGAAAAUAGGGUGUAUAUUUUGUUUUACUGAUUAAAGGCAUACUACACAGGAUUUUCCUUAAAAAAAGAGUACAUGUGUAUAUAUAUAUAUAUAUAUACACACACACAGAUGCACAUAAAAGUAAUCCCUCUCAAUCAUCACUUGUGACCCACUAGCAGUGCCUGUUCCUGCACUCUGCCUGUAUUUCCGUAUUUACUUCCUAUAUUAAUUUGCUCGGGAUGUUUCUGGGUGUCAACCUUUGGGUAGUGGUGUGUAGCCCCCAGCCAAUAGCGGCGCAAGGUCAGGACUCUAUAAAAACGUAGCAACCAGCCGUCUCUCUUCUCCACUCUGUGGAUGUCACCUGCAGGUCUGUGAGUCUGUUUGAUCGAGGGCAAGAUUUUGCCACACACACAAGCAUGCGCUUCAGCAGAAUUCCCACAGUCUGGCAACGCGGCGCCUUCCUGCAGGGUUGUGCGAAGGUGUGGGUGUAAUUAUUUCUGCUUUAGAACAUAAGCGCUGUGAAACAAUCAGAAAAUAGUGUUUUAUUUCUCUGAUUCACUGCUUUGUUUUCGUGUACGCCGCUCCUUCUCUUUAUUCACUCUGUGGGUUUCAUGACCAGCGCUCUCUCUCAGUCUUGUUGAGCUGAGGAGGAGGGGCCAAGUUUGAAUCCUGCAUAGUAUGCCUUUAAAUUGAUCUAUCGAUGCAAAUUUUAUUAGCAAUAGACAACUUCAAGGUACGCAUUUUUGCUGUAGUUUUGGCUCCAAAAGUCUAUAACACUACAUUUCUCUUAUAGCUAUACUAUAGCUCCCAAAACAUCACUUUUCCUUUGGUUCAACAUAACAUGGUUUCAUAACUUCACAUGAAUCCCUGUGUUUCAGUGGCUUCACAGCGCUGCUUAGUCUUUCUCAGUCUUUCAUCCCCGCCUUUUUUUAACAAUGUGGCUGUGUAUUUUCUGGAUUAGAAGCUGCAGAAAAAGAGCCCACAUUUGGAAGGAAUCACUUUCCACUAUCACUGACUGUUGAGCGUGGUUGUUAGUGGCCCUGUUUUGUGUGAGCAGAUGAGUAAUACGUCGAGGCUGACUGAGCCGGGCGCUGAUUUGAUUUGAAAGCUGGAUAGAGAGGCAGCGUGUAAACCAGCGUAAAGAGCUGAUCUUCCAUUGGCUUGCCGCAGACAUGCUUCCAGUCCAUCAAAUCAGAUGGAAAUCAUGCUCAGUGACUAUCACGAUAAUUGCUUAUAAUGUGUUUUAAUAGUGAAUUACUAUAGGCCGCUCUGACAAGUUAAACGAUCGCUGUUACAAGUAGUUAAAGAAUAACAACUUUCCUACUCUGGACUUCACUUGGUCUCAAUAAAGGGCAUCUUCUAGUUGUUAAGCACACUUAUAAUGAAUUAUACAAUGUAUGGAGGUGUUUUACAUUGUCCGAAUUCUACCUACAACACUAGUCUUCCAUUCUUAGAAUAAUAAAUUUGAACAAUGUUGUGCAGCUGAGCUGAGCCACGAGAUGAUUUUGUCUGUCGCAUCCGUAGUCUUUUUUUAUUACAAGCAAAAACAAGUAUAGAAUGCAAACAUUAAAAGUCUUCCAAUGUAGGCUCAGUACAGAAACAGCAUAUGUAUUCAUCUUAUACGAUACAGACAGUAUGUGCAUACAAGCAAACAGUUGAUUAAUGGUAGUUAUUUUUCAUAGUUCUGACUGUUUCCUGGAAAUGUUUGCUCAGUGUGGAUGCUCGGGUAACCACAGGGGGGGAAGAGAGGAACAGACAGAGACAAAGGUAGGCAGGAAAUGACUGCCAGGACUCAGACUAAACCGUAAGCGAACAGGUUUGUGCUCGGAAGAUGAAUAGCGGGCCAUUUAUUGUGCCGGAUUUCUGCUGAUGUUGUGUCGCACUUUUCUGACACUCAUUCCCACUCACCUCCCUCGGAAGGAUGGCACUCUCUCCGCUCGGUUUACGAUGCACAGUGGGGGAUUUGUAUGUUCUGUAUGUGACAAGUGGCAUGCUAGACAGGUAAAUUAUAGUCCUCUCCAGCACUGCACUCCCCUGCGUCUAUCUAAUGAAGGAGGAUUGAGCACAAGGGGGAGACCAUCUCCCUUCAUCUUAACCUUAGUGAAGCGAAAUAAAAUGCAUGACACUGUGAGGAAGACUGUGACUCAACUCAGCGUGAUCCAUGCCUGGCUUGGUAGCGUCAUUCUGUGUUUGUUUUAUGGCAGAAUAUUGAAUUGACAUAUAGCCAACAGUUAAAUUGACACAACUGCAUUUUGGUAUAAACAGUGAUAAUUUUCUAAUAUUUCCAGAGUAUGACGGCCGUGGGAAUUUUGUCAUGAAUGCUCACAACUUCAAAUGUUUAAUAAAAUCCAAUAUCUAAGUCCUAAAGGAAAGUUGAAGAUGAUGUAAGAUACCAAGGAAGAUGAAACAGGUCAGAUAUCUUUGUGAAUUUAAGCUUAAAUAAAUCACAAACCUGCUGCUGGAUUGAACCCUGGGCUGAUCCAGCUCUGCACUCCACAUACUUUCCCUUCAGGUCCAUGUUUGCUGCAGGUCUAAUGGAGUUCCAUACAGAGGGUUCGCAGUUAGGAGAAUAAAUUGCUUAUUUAUUGAGGUGACUGAGCGUGGCAUGGUAGAAAAGUUAUUAUUGCUACAGUGCGAAGACAGAUUGGCUGGUCCACAUCGUUGGCCACCUUGAGAGCAGCCGUCUCCUCUAAAGGACGCUGGGAAAGUCCAGAGAGGGACUUUUGUCAUUCAUCAUAUAGCCAGUAGUAAUUGUAGUGGUAGGAGAGGACAUGCUUUGACAGUAUGGUGUCCAUUCAGGAGCUAAUCAGUGACUUAAUGGAAGUGAAAUCAUAGAUGUAAUAUCAUUUAGCUACAUAAACAAGCAACUGCAGUCAAAAGUAUCAAGUUGAGCACUUCUCCUCACACUGAAUAGAGCUGUGUAUUGACAAGAAUCAGGCAAUACAAUAUGCUUUAAGAUACAGGGGUUACGACUGAAUAUAUUGUGAUACUGUAAGCAAGGCGAUAUAUUGCGAUUUGUUUUUUUAUCUAAUUUUAGGAGCUAGCGGUACAACCUUUAUGACUGCCUGUUUCAUAGGCCCGUGUUCUUUGCGUUUAUGCUAGCGAUAGGUAAGUUGGAGCGGAUGCAUCAGAUGGCUGAAGGUAGAUUUCAACGCUGCUAUCCAUUGCCAGGAAAGAUUCAAAUCGACACAGAGUUUUUGAGAAUCAAUACAGUAUCACAAAACACAACUCAAAUCUGUCAACAUUUUCUUACUCCCUAAUGCCGAAGAACAGUUAACUUUGUGUAUGUUUAUGUACAUAUAUUUCCUUUAGUACUUGAUGAAGGGUUGCAUAAUAUCCAGCACGCAGUUACCUAACGCUCAAUCCAAAAAACGUUGCUUGAUGUACUAUUAUAUGCAUCAGUCUUAAAUUUCAGAUACACCCUUUUAAAUGUAAUAAGUUCUUAAUCUUUGGAUCUGGAGCUGAUUGCACCGGCAGUUUGUAAGUUCAAACUUUGCCAAGUUGAGACCUGAAUCAAUACUACUUACUCUAAAACACACAUUUCUUUAUUUCUGCAUAUAUGAAUACAACAAAGACUGGUGGUUAAGCUUAAUACAUCACCUCAGUUUGAGUAGUUGAAUGCUUUUGCUUGGAUACAUCAGAUAUUUAUUUGCAAUUGACUUGCAAAUUACUUGUCUUUACUAGCUCAAGACAUUCGUCAAAUUUUCACGGAUAAACCCAAUUUAAUAAAUCCAGUUUGAAACUACAGUAACUGAUUGUUACCAUGAGGACCUUUACACAAAUGUUGCGAUGGAUGUACAAACAGCUGGUGCAACACAAUCCUGGCUCUAGAUAUAAACCCAUGACUGUGUAUAAAGAUGGAUGACAUGACAGCUCCCUAAAAAUGAAGUCAAAACAUCUCGAUCCUCAAUAAUAAAAACUCCUGAGGAUGGUUUCUUUCUUUUUAGGUGAGGGAUGCACAAUAAUAUUGGCACAUCAUUGGUAUCAACCAAUAUUGGCUUUAAAAUGAGCCACCAGAAUCAGCCAACAUGCUCUUUCUUAUUUUGCACAAAGAAAUGAAAUUAAAUUUACCUGCAUUGAAAAGUAUUGUAUUUCUGUCCCCAUCUGCUGGUGCGGCAUCACGAUACGAGUAUGCAUGCAUAAUAUGAUGUUAAUUCCACUACAGAAGUGACUUGUUGAUCACUAAAAUUGGGAAGGGGAAAAGUAGAUAGAUCGAUACCAAUAUCAGUAUUGGUUAUCGGUCAAAUCAGUUGUUAUAUAUUGGCAUAUCAGACAUCGGCAAAAGAAAUCCAAUAUCGUGCAUCAUUAUUUUAGGUAGUUCUUAUCACAGUGAUGUAUUUUUAAUGUUCCUCCUUUUGCUAAGUUUGGUUUAAUUUGUUAUUUGAUGCUAUAAAAAGGGAUGUGACGUCAUGAUUGACAGCUGUGUGUGACAAUGAGUGUGCUCCUGACUGGGGCGGAUGGGUGUAUGGGCAGGAACUAAAUACCAUAGCUCCAUUUUCGGAUGCUCAAUCUCAGACUCUGGCUCCAAAUGACAAAGAUGGCAGCGCCCAUAUGUGGGAUAUUAUGUCUUCAUUUUUGCACAGUGGGAGGAAAUGGAAACCUGUUGUUCAUCUUUAUGUACAGUCUAUGAUCUAUACACACCCUGCUCAAAAAAAAUUCCCAUGUUGUGUAGGUGUAUUCAUCUGUAGAUUUACUUUAUAGAUUCACAAAGUGGAGGAUUUUUCUUAUGUAUAUUAGGCAGGUUACUGUCACAACUAAAUUAUGUCAAACCAUCUGUGACAAGGUUGCAUCUGGUUUAUUUUAUAGUAACGAUACGACAUUAUUAGCUCAUCACAGCUAAUACUAACAGCUGUGAUAACCCAUAAUCCAAUCUAAUUUUAUGCCGUAAUUACAGUGUUCCUGAUUUGUGCUCCCUGUUUUUAACUGUCCAAUCGCAUGUCCCUCUCUUCCUCUCUGCGCUCUUCUAAUUGGUUGCUCUCGUCUUUUCUGAGCAGAGAAUCCGACCCACGCUCCUUUUAACCAGAUUUCAUUUGACUGCUUUCUAACAUCACUCACAUCUCUCCACCACUUCACUUCCUCAUGCAGUGUAUCUAAAGUAACGCCAGAUGUGAGGCUUCAACUUUUUUCGUGCUUGUUAUACUACUGUUUUAAUUUAAUGAGCAAAGUCAGCAUUGUUGUCCCUGUGCACUCUCAACCCUCUUGCCCUCCCAUCUUCAUCUUAGCCAUCGACAUCUUUCCUUUUGGCAAGGGCUAUCAGUCUUUGGGUAGACAGACGCACACACUGAAAAACAACACCGGAAGGAAAUGACCUGGAAUCCUCAAAAUAACAAGGAAAAAACCCUUCAGAUUGUGAACCAGCAAAGUGGUGUUAAAGCACGCUCAGCCAGGAGAAGCAGCCCCCU